AUGGCGAACGAUCUUGCAUGUGCAGCAGCUGCCAGCAUAGUCGCCCCCGUCCUGUCAGUCCUCCCAGUCCAUAUAGUCAACAUCCACAGAGGCGACCCUGGUGUCCGAAUGAUUUCCGAGCAUCGCGCACGCUUGUGCAUGGUGAUACUUGACAAGCUGCAAGAUAGAUUACCGGUCGUUUCAUCCUUCAUUCCCAUAUAUGAUGCUCUGCUGAAACAACACCCUGUGGGCGUGCAGAUACAAGAUGGCACAGAGGUACCAGAGCGUCCGGCAAUGGGACCCUCGAUGCAAAAUAAUCUUCGUCAACCUGAUCAUGAAAGUGAUCUUGGUGGUACUAAUGCCCCUGGAGGUUUGUUUGAUCAAGUCCUGCAAGACAGUAUGAGCACGACGUUUCCUUUUUCGUUUCCGUUCGGCAACUUGUUCGAGGAUAUCUUUCUUCGUUCACCAUCUCAGCCUACAUCGUAUUGUGACGAUGAUUUAGCUGCUCCUUUGUAG